GUUUCGCCCCAUCCUGAUGUGAGAGGGUGACAGGAGGCGACGAGCCCGAACGAGUCUGAACAAACAAGAAGAAAGGUUCUAGUAAUUGCGAAGAGCUGAGGUGAUUCAUGGUCACGGGCCUAAUUUCGACUUGUAGCUUGCCACCGAUGGGGCUGAUAGGGAGAGUCGCUGAUAAGAUCAUUCCCCUCAUCCUUUUCAUUUAUAUUGGGUGGGGAUACUAUCUUGUGACGUUUGAAAUCGGUUGUGCGCGCUCCGUUAGUCUCUUUUCGAACCUAAACUGACUACGUUGCGCGUAUCGUGGUGUAUUGUGUUACUCACAGAUGGCUGGCUCUACCGGAUAAACCAUAGACCUUUCUUCGCCUGUGAGUAACCACUUAGGGCGAGGCAGGAUGCCAUCAUCUUAAUGUUCAACCGUUACAUAUGAAUCGAAGCGCUCUAUGUUCUUGUAACGAACACUUUAAUCAUCAGUACCAGUCGGUUAUUCAUCAGGCUUUGUUCCUUUCCCAAAACAAGGGAUACGCCUCCCAGACUAACGUCUUU